AUGGAUUACAAUAUUUUGAAAUCCAUAGUUUUAUUAUUACUUGGUCUUUAUAUCUUCAUUGUUAGACUAGAGUUUUCCGAGGCAGCAACUGCUGCUGAUUACUUUGUCAGAUCUUUACCUGGUCUUUCUGACAACAAUUCCAAUUUGUUUUUUUGGUUGAUGCACAAUAAACAUAUUGCUGAUAGACCCAAUAUGGAUGGUGUAUUUCUUGAAAAUGGACCUUGGAGAAUCAAUUCAGAUCAAACAUUAAGGUUAAUCGAUGGUUCAUGGAAUGAAUAUGCAAAUGUUUUAUAUGUCGAUCAGCCUGUGGGCACAGGGUUUAGCUUUACUGAUUCCGAUGGUUAUUUAAACAAUUUAACACAAGUCUAUUUAGCAGGUGAAAGUUUUGCAGGGACAUAUAUACCUUAUAUAGCAAAAGCUAUAUUAGAUCGGAAUCAUGCCAGGAAAACACCCGAUUAUCACAAGUACAAUGCAUAUUACACAUAUGCAGUGGACCAGAAUAUUAUGGAUGAAAAAACCAAGGCUGCUGCAUAUGAGCAAUUAGGAAUCUGUAUGAAAGAUUUGCAGGAAAGUCUUGCCAUUCAUGUAUAUUCAUGUGAAAAAGUUUUAGUCACAAUCAGUAGAGAAGGAACCAGAGAAACAUGUAUAAAUCAAUAUGAUAUUCGUGAUCAUAAUGACAGUUAUCCUUCUUGUGGAAUGAAUUGGCCUUACGAGCUUCCUACAAUUUACAAAUAUUUAAGACGACCAGACGUUGUUGAUGCCAUACAUGCUAAUACAAAUAAACUUAAAUGGGCGGAAUGUAAUUCUAAAGUUGGCAUUGGCUUUGAUCAAGACAUGUCGCCUCCCUCUGUUACAUUAAUGCCUGAUCUUUUAAAACAAAUCAAUGUUUUAUUAUACAAUGGGGAUAAAGAUUUAAUAUGUAACAUAUAUGGAACACAAGAUAUGGUAAAGAAGUUAGAAUGGAACGGAUAUAAAGGUUUUAAGGAUGCAGUAUCAAAACCUUGGUAUAUAAAUGAUAAAGUUGUUGGCGAAAUGACUACUGAGAGAAAUCUUACAUACAUUGUUGUUUACAAUACAAGUCAUAUGGUGCCAUAUGAUGCACCUGUUGAAACUAUGGAUAUGAUUUAUAGAUUUAUUGGAAUCCGUGAUGAUAUAAUAGCUAAUUUUACUUCAAGUAUUGGUAUAAAGGAUCAAGGUGAUUACGAUAAUGAAGAAGAUAGUGAUAAUAAAAAUAAUGAACAUAAUCAAGAUUCAGACGAACAGCGUCAAUCAAAAAGUUUGGCAAAUCAAAAGAUGGUGUUGGAUCUUGAAAACAAUGAGUUGGAUGAUUUAGCUAAAGAAGCUACAUUGUUCCAAACAGAUGAUAUUGAUCAUUUUGGAGAUAUAAAAAUAAUUUGUUUGUUUAAUUUAUUUUGA